GCGAGAAGUCCGGAGGUGACAGGAACGUGUUGAAGCAGCGCGUAGUUUAUUUAACAUUCAGUUGUUUGCUAAUACUGGAGGUUGUUUGCUAACACUGGAACUGCAAAAUGGAUUUGUAAUGAAUGGAUAUUGAGGGAGAGUAAACUGUAUGUGGCGGUAAUGCAACACUGGAUGCCAACUGCCGUAAAACACCAAAGGAUAAGAAGAAGCUGCUAACACUACAGGUGUCAACUAACCGAGCGGCUAGGCUAAGCGUGUUCUCAGGAUGUGGAGGAGCCCGGUGAGGACGGUGGUCUGGAGGGCUAAGCUCCUCAACAGAGCCCGGCUAAUCUACACUGUCGGAGCCGGAUCACACAGGUCCUGCUGCGGGGUUUCAGGGAGGACAUGGACCAAACCCAGCGGGUUUGACACCGGGUUGAAGACCUUCAAUAGCCUGACCAAACAGAAAGAGCCGCUCAUCCUUGCAAGAGAGGGCGUGGCUACCUGGUACAGCUGUGGACCCACUGUCUACGAUCACGCCCACCUGGGUCACGCAUGCUCGUACGUCAGGUUUGACCUCCUGCAGAGGAUUCUCUCCCGGAUGUUCGGAGUCACAGUGAUCCACGCAAUGGUGAUCACAGAUAUCGAUGAUAAGAUCAUCAGGAGAGGCUGGGAGGAGAACGUGUCUCCAACCAUGAUCGCCAGACUGUAUGAGGACGAGUUCAAGAGGGACAUGCUGUCAUUAAAGGUGGUUCCUCCUGUGGUCUACCUGAGAGUCACUGAAAACGUUCACCACAUCAUCUCCUUCAUUAAAGGGAUCAUCAGGAACGGACAUGCCUACUCCACUGAGGAAGGUGACGUGUACUUUGACAUUCAGUCCAUCGGGGAUCGGUACGGCAAGUUCAUGGGAGCUGUGGACUCUCAGGGAGAACCUGGCAGCUCCAGCAAACGGGACUCCAGGGACUUCGCUCUGUGGAAGCGGUCCAAGCCUGAGGAGCCGUACUGGGAAUCCCCGUGGGGCAGAGGAAGACCUGGAUGGCACAUCGAGUGCUCUACCAUCGCCAGCUAUCACUGGAGCAGUCAGCUGGACAUCCACUCUGGAGGCAUCGACCUGGCCUUCCCUCACCAUGAGAACGAGGUGGCUCAGAGUGAGGCCUAUCACCAGUGUGGACAGUGGGCUCACUACUUCCUGCACUCAGGUCACUUACACCUGAAGGGCAGCUCAGAGAAAAUGUCUAAGUCUCUGAAGAACUACAUCACCAUCAAGGAUUUCCUUCAGUCUUACUCUGUCAACGAGUUCAGGAUGUUCUGUCUCUUGACUAAAUACAGAUCAGCCAUAGACUACAGCGACAGCAGCAUGGUGGCAGCUUGCUCCUCUCUGGGAACCAUCUCCACCUUCAUCCACUCUGCUCAGGCCUACAUGACUGGUCAGCUGCAGUGUUCACCUGUACAGGAAGCUGUUCUGUGGGACAGUUUGGCUGAGACUAAAUCCAGUGUGCUGACAGCUCUGGCAGAUGACUUUGAUACGCCGAGAGCCCUCAGUGCUCUGAUGAACAUGGUUUACCAUGGAAACCGCCAACUGCAGCCCGUUUCUACGAGUGGCGGAGCGGCUCGCAGCCCUGCAGUGUUUGGAGCCAUGGUGAGAUACCUGACAGAUGUGCUGGAUGUGUUUGGGGUUGAUCUGCUGCACAGCCAGCAGGCUGACCUGCUGAGCAGUGGUAGCCGUCUGCAGGCCGUGGUGGAGCAGCUGACUCACUUCAGGACUGAAGUCCGAGCUUUUGCCCUUGGGCACCUGAAGGAUCAAACCAACGGAACCCCGAGAAAGACUGGACCCCCCACAGACAGAGCCCUCCUCCUCAGAGCCUGUGACUCCCUCAGGAGUGACCUGGCCCCAUUGGGCGUUCUCAUACAGGACCGGGGAGCCACAUCGACAUGGGAGAUCACUGAGGGAAAACAGACUCAGAGGGGACAGAGGGUCCAUGAUAAAGACCAGGACAGGUCCAGCUGAGAUGGACUCUGGAUUUCAGAGACUUUUAUA